AUGGAGAUCUGGAACAGGGGGUGGAGGGGGGCGAUGGUGGGGCGGUGGCUAGGUUUCGUCACGGCGGUGUGGGUGCAGUGCAUCUCCGGUAAUAACUAUACCUUCUCAAAUUACUCCGGCGCACUCAAGACGCUCAUGGGCCUUACCCAGCUCCAACUCAACAAUCUUUCCGUCGCCAAGGACAUCGGCAAGGCCUUCGGAAUCGUCGCCGGCCUCGCCUCUGACCGUCUUCCCACCCCGAUCAUCCUCCUCAUCGGCUCUCUUGAAGGCCUCGUCGGCUACGGCGCGCAGUGGCUCGUCGUCCGCCAAUCGAUCCGCCCUCUCCCCUAUUGGCAGAUGUGCAUCUUCUUAUGCAUGGGCGGAAACAGCUCGACUUGGAUGAACACGGCGGUGCUCGUCACUUGCAUCCGCAACUUCCGCCAAAAUCGAGGGCCGGUGUCGGGAAUUUUGAAGGGCUACGUGGGACUCAGCACCGCCAUCUUUACUGACAUCUGCUGCGCGCUCUUUUCCAGCGAUCCCGCCUCGUUCAUCUUCCUGUUGGCAGUCGUCCCCGCGGCGGUUUGCACCAUGGCGAUGCUCUUCCUCCGUGAGUCACCGCCGGAGGACGUGGAGGCGGAAGAUGACGGCGACGGAUCACAGUAUUUCGCGGUGAUCAACGCGAUGGCAGUGACCAUCGCGGUAUACCUGCUGAUCUUUGAUCUCACAGGUAAGCAUGAGGCGCUCGUGUCCAGAGCCUUCGCGGUGGUGUUGCUCCUCCUGCUGGCGGCGCCGGUGGCUGUGCCGAUCCACAUAGCGUUGAAGGCGAUUCACAGAUCGGGAGGGUGCAGGGAAGCCGAUGCAGAGGACGGAGUAAGUGAGCCAUUGCUUGCAGCAGAGACAGAGAAGACGGAGGCAGAGGUGGCGAAUAGCGGUGAAACCAGUGGUGAUAGUGCAGCGGCUGAAGAGGUAGUGGUGGAGGAAAAGGUUGAGAGGGGGAGGCGACAGCGGCCGGAGAUCGGUGAGGACCAUACGAUAGUGGAAGCGGUGAAGACGAUCGACUUUUGGGUGCUGUUCUUUUCGUUUCUAUGCGGGGUGGGUACAGGGAUGACCGUGAUGAACAACAUGGGGCAGAUGGGUACGGCCAUGGGCUAUACGGACGUCUCCAUAUUCGUUUCUAUGUUGAGCAUAUGGGGUUUCUUCGGCCGGAUCGCGUCCGGAAGUAUCUCAGAAUACUUCAUCAAGAAGCACGCGACACCGAGACCCGUAUGGAACGCUGCCUCUCAAAUAUUAAUGGCCGCUGGAUACGUGAUGAUGGCCAUAGGCAUGCCGGGCGCCCUCUUCAUCGGUUCCGUAAUCGUGGGCUUGUCCUACGGUGUCCGUCUCGCCGUCUCUGUGCCGACGGCGUCAGAACUCUUCGGCCUCAAGUACUACGGACUCAUCUACAACAUCCUCAUUCUCAACCUCCCACUUGGCUCCUUUCUCUUCUCUGGCCUGCUUGCCGGCAUCCUCUAUGACGCAGAGGCCACCAACACAGAGGCCGGAGGGAACACCUGCGUUGGGGCACACUGUUACCGAAUGGUAUUCGUGGUGUUGGCCUUAGUAAGCCUCGUUGGGAUCGGGUUGGACGUGCUGCUGGCGUACAGGACCAAACAGCUCUACGGGAAGAUCCAUUUGAACAAGAGAGCAAGGGACACGAAAGCUGCUGCACCUGAUAGCCACUGAUAUUUUAUUCUUUUUAACGGUAUUUAUAUACCUUUUUUUUUUCCUAUUUUGUUCGUGAUAUUAUCGUGUGCCUUUUUUUUCGUUGCUGCGAUUUUUGUGUACACCAUCAAUAAUG